AAGCUGUCGUCCAUCAAGGUGGACACACGCUACACGACCACGCAGCAGGUGGUGAAGCUCAUUGGCAGCCACACCAUCAGCAAGGUGACAGUGAAGAUUGGAGACCUGAAACGAACCAAGAUGGUGCGAACCAUCAACCUCUACUACAACAACAGGACGGUGCAGGCCAUCGUGGAGCUGAAGAACAAGCCGGCACGGUGGCACAAGGCCAAGAAGGUGCAGCUGACACCAGGGCAGACGGAGGUGAAGAUUGAUCUGCCCCUGCCCAUCGUGGCCUCCAACCUGAUGAUCGAGUUUGCCGACUUCUACGAGAACUACCAGGCAUCCACCGAGACCCUGCAGUGCCCCCGCUGCAGCGCCUCGGUGCCCGCCAACCCCGGCGUGUGCGGCAACUGCGGCGAGAACGUCUACCAGUGCCACAAGUGCAG